AUGAAGGCUGUUACUACAAUCAUCGCUACGCUAGCAUCAGCCGGCUCCGUCCGAGCUCAUGUUGCAGCGUUUACAAAGGGCAUGUACUGUCUGAACGGUACUCAACCUGGAGUGGAAGAUUUAAACACCAACACGGUCGUAAAUCCCCUUUACGAAAUCCCGAAAAGCGAAUGGUGGAUGCAGCACGACCGCGGCUGCGACUCGGAUCAGUUCCGUCCUAGCCCAGGCGACUUUCUGGAGCUCCCGGCCGGUGGAUCUUUUACUGUCGAGUUAGCCCACAACCGUGCCCAAACUACUCUCUCUUACGAUGGGAAAUUUACGUCGGAGUGGCCGGAUGGACAACAGCAUCCGGAAGACUGGCACAGCCCGACUCCUAACGACUGCCUUGGCGAUAACCCUGAUGGUUUAGGGGGCGCGAUGCACACCCACAACGAAUCGACUGCCGCCGGCACUGCUUUCGCCAUCUCCUACAACUCGGAUAUCUCCAAGGUGACGAUGGAGAACUUGGCGGUAUUUACCGUUCUGGAGCACACACCAUGGAAACGCUUAGCCACUUACCAAGUGCCUCGCGACUUACCACCAUGCCCUGAAGACGGUUGCUAUUGCGCGUGGCUGUGGGUCCCGGAUGGAUGCGGCACACCAAACAUGUAUAUGCAAAACUUCAAGUGCCGCGUUACCGGCUCUACUUCUACGAGAACUGUUGCUCCCGCCAAAGCGCCGGUAUACUGCGGCGAUGGACAGACCCCCUGUAUUGCCGGGGCAAAGCAGAUGAUUGCUUGGAACCAGGCCGAUGGGAACAACGUCGAGACACCGGCUGGCGUGUCUCCCGGUUACAACCAGAAGAUGGGUUGGCAGCCCGGUGCGCAGAAUGACAUUUUCCAGUAA